UAAACCCCAAAAUUCAUGAAUUAUCAUCUUCCCUUAGCUCGGUUGAUUCUUCACAAAGGCUCUUCCAAUCUCCUUUCCCCUCUGCAACUCUUUCAGCUCCACUCUCUAGCAAUAACCACAGGCCUCCAACUCCAGCACCCCUCGAUUCUCCUCUCUCUCUUCAAGCUCUAUCUCACUAACCAGGCAACUCUCACUCACGCAGAGAAACUUUUCCCCCGAGUUCAACAACCAUAUAAAUGGAAUCUCAUGAUCAGACACGCAUCAGCUACCCGCCCUUCAAAGGCGCUAUCUUUGUUUCAAAAAAUGCGUAUUGAUGAACCAAGCACCCCUUUUUGCAAUAACCCUUUUGUUUAUGCUUCUCUGAUUAAAGCUUGUGGUAAAGCUAGGGCUUUUCGUGAAGGUAAAUCGAUACAUUGCCGGAUAAUUAGGCUUGGAUUGGAUUACAAUGUGAAUGUGUCGAAUAGUCUCGUUAGCUUUUAUUCAGGCUCUGCGAAUUUGAUGAGCUACGCUGAUGUGUUGUUUGAUUCGGUUUCGGAGAAAAAUGUGGUUGUUGUUAAUGGCCUGAUAUCUGGGAAUGUUAGGAGAGCGAAUUUUGAUGUGGGAUUGAGACUGUUUGUUGAGAUGCUGCGUGGUUGUUUCGGUUUAAAUGUGAAGCCUAAUUGUGUUUCUUUCGUGAUUUUGAUAUCUGGUUGUGUUGAAUUUGGGGAAUUUAGGGCAGGGAAGGCGCUUCAUUGUUGUAGUUGGAAGAUGGGAUUGGGAUGGAGUGUUGAAAUGUGCAAUGUGCUUAUUGAUUUUUAUGCUAAAUUAGGGCACAUUGGUGAUGCUUCAAAUGUGUUCGUGGAAAUGCCAGAGAGAGACUUGAUUUCGUGGAACUCGAUAAUUUGGGGGCAUGUUAAGAGUGGAGAGUUUGUGAAAGCGUUUUCCUUGUUUAGAGAAAUGAGGAGAGAGGGGAUUGGAGUUGAUAGAGCGUCGUUUAGUUGCUUGUUGUCUGCUUGUGCUGCUCGUAGAGAUCUUUGGUUGGGGAGGAUGGUUCAUGCUCGUGUAAAAGCUAUUGGGAUGGAGUGUGAUGUCUCUGUAGGGACGGCUUUGAUCAACAUGUAUGCAAAGUGUGGAAAGUUGAACUCUGCAAGGAAACUUUUCGAUGAACUACCAAAGCAAGAGAUUGAGUAUUGGAAUGCAAUGAUACAUGCUUAUGUUGAUGCUGGACUUGCUAGGGAGGCUUUGAAGCAACUUGAUGAGAUCAAGUUUAGGGAUUUACGACUAGAUGAAGUGACAGUUUUGGGAUUGAUUAUGGCUUGUGGUGAUGCAGGGGAUCUGCAUCGCGGUAGGCUUAUGCAUUCUAUUGUGGAAAACGAUGAUUUGUUCAAAGGAAGCGUGGUUUUAGGGAAUGCUCUUGUAGACAUGUAUGCAAAAUGUGGGAGCACUACGAGAGCUAGGUCGGUCUUUGAUAGGAUGCCCCGGAGAGAUGUGAUUUCAUGGACAUCUAUGAUAGUAGGCCAUGCUGUUAACGGUGAAGGAGAAGAGUCUCUUGCUACUUUUCAGCAAAUGUGUGCGGAAAAAUUAGUUCCGAAUUCUGUGACCUUCUUAGGAGUUCUGUCAGCCUGUGAUCAUGCUGGUUUGAUUGAUGAAGGGAUGAGAUUAUACAAUAUGAUGAGUGAAGUGUACCAUAUCAAGCCACGGAUCGAGCACUGUGGCUGCGUGGUCGACAUGCUUGCUAGAGCUGGCAAAAUCGGAGAUGCUCAAAUGUUUAUUCAGAAGAUGGACACAAAGCCUAAUGCACUUGUUUGGAGGAUGUUGCUGAACGCGUGUAGGGUUCAUGGCCACAUCGAUCUAGGAUUGAGCUUCGUUACUGGCUUAACAGAACUGGAUACGCCUCCGGAAGCAGCCAAUUUUGUGAUCUCGUCUAAUGUAUAUGCGGAAGCUGGGAGAUGGAACGACGUUGCUGCUCGUAGAAACACAAUGGUUGUUGAAAGAGCUUCCAAAGAAGCAGGAAAGAGCUGUGUUUCUUAGCUCACAGAUUAUUCUAGAAUGGGUUCCAAAUUUUAUACGCACAAUCUUUUUAACAUUUUGAGGUAAGAAGAAAUUAUUCUACACACUGAAAUAAAAAUAAAAGUAAU